AUGUAUUCUGACAAGGAUGGUGCCGCGUCAAAGGAAUCGGAGACACAGUACCAAGCCCAAAUCCGACCCUUAUUGUUCUUGACAUCCGUGUUGUCUCUUCUGGGAUUCUCGGUAGCCGCUCUGGACGGCCAGUAUGUGAAUGAAAGCCUGAGGCUGUCAUGGUCCAAUCCAAGUGCAUUAGCGCAGCUUCUGUGGCCUCUUCUCUCUAUCCACAGCCUUGCCCUGUAUUGGCAAACUCAUCCACCAGCGCUGUGGUCCGCUGCUUUGAGAGGAUCACUUCUGGCGAUCUUGAUUGUUGCUGUCCAAAUCCACGCAAAAUACUUGGAUCCCGAUGGCUCUUUUUGGGACUUGUCAGCCGCUUCCUGUGAGCUGUAUUUGGCCUUUGUGAUCGCAUUUACGCAACUCUUAUUCCCACGCCGACCGAAUGUUUUCUCAUCAGACGGGAAACCCAUAGAUCGUGAAAGCAGUGUCUCAGUGUUGGCAAGAUACUCUAUGCAAUGGUGUGAAAAUGCUUUGGCCAUCGCCGGGAGUGGUGUUCGAAUCGACCACCUGCCUCGUUUGAAUUGGAAGACUCGUUCGGGGUCUCAGCCACUGAUAACACUGUCCAACAUAUCGCUAUGGAAUCAAGUUCUAUCUGAGCGUUUUUACGGUUUCGCUCUACAAUGGACUUUGAUGUUAGUACGCUCAGUGAUCACCUUUGGUGCGCCCUACUGUAUUAUGCAGCUUCUGAGAUGCCUCGAAGAUAACAAUACUCCAACCAACACCGCAUGGAUAUGGUUGAUGGGCAUCACAGUGUCUUCCAUAGCGGACACUGUGCUUCAUUACCACAUGGCAUGGAUUCAAUGGUCGGAGAUGGGAAUUCCAGUGCGCGCACAGCUUAUAAUGGCAAUCUUCUCCAAGGCAUUGCGAUGCAAAGAUACCAAGCUUGCUGGGGAUAAACCAGAAGCCACCAACCUCAUUUCCUCUGACACAGUCUCAUUCAGCAAGUUCACAGCUGUCAACUACAUCUUGCCUUUUUCAUUUGUCAGGUUUUUUCUUUCCAUACUGUUUCUUCUGAGACUUCUUGGUUGGAAAAGCACGGCAGUGGCUGUAAUCGUCACGGUAGCAACGGUGCCUAUUCAUAAAAGAGUCAUCAACCAAGAACGGGUGGCGAAGAAAAGUUUAGUUGUCGCAAGAGACAAAAAGACCAGGACCACCUCAGAGGCUCUGCAUGCCUUACGACAGAUCAAGUUCUCGGCUCUGGAAGCACAGUGGGAAGAGCGUAUUGAAGUAUGUCGCCAAGAGGAAAUGAAGCACAUACGCCGAGCCUUCAUCGCAACCAAUAUCCGAUCUGUGUGGAAGGUUGCGUCGCCAUUUAUUGUAGCUACUGCUGCCGUCUUCACGUAUGUGUAUACGGAGAAUCAGAUGUCAUCCUCUGUCAUCUUCCCGAUGAUUGAGUUGCUGCCUCAUCUUCAAGGCACCCUGGGUUUUGUUCCAGUGGUUUUCCAGGACUAUUUUGCUGCUCGGGCAAAUGCGAAACGCAUGGAGACAUUUUUGAGAGCGCCCGAGUUGCAGAAAACGGUGAAUCCUAGUCCAACCGAUAGUGUCACAUUCCAGGAUGCUUCAUUCGCUUGGCCAUCAGAUGAAGUCAAACAACCCGACGGUUCGGCUCGUCGGUUUAUUCUCCAAAAUAUCAGCCUGAAGUUUCCAGUUGGAAAGCUCAGUGUUAUACAUGGAGAAACAGGUUCAGGAAAGAGUCUACUCCUUGCUGCGAUCAUUGGGGAGAUAGAUCUUCUUAGCGGUUCCAUCGCCGGACCGUCAUCAAACCAGCCAGUUGCAUUUGUUUCGCAGACUCCAUGGCUUCAGAAUGCCACUGUGAGAGACAACAUCCUGUUUGGAAGCAAUUUUGAUGAAGUCAGAUACCAGAAAGUUCUUCAAGCUUGUGCACUUGAACCCGACCUCGCUGCUCUGCCAAAAGGGGAUCAGACACAUAUUGGGCUUCGUGGGGUCAAACUUAGCGGAGGGCAGCGAGCUCGAGUGUCCUUUGGUAGAGCUCUAUACUCGAAAGCCCAAUUGCUGGUACUGGAUGAUAUUUUCUCAGCCCUUGACACUCAUAUUGCAAGAGAGAUAUUCACUGCACUCACCAGUGAGCUUUGUGAAGGACGCACUCGAAUCCUUGCCACCCAUCAAGUAUCCCUGUGUCUCCCGAAAGCAAGAUAUCUUGUUGAGGUGCAUAAUAACACGACUCGAAGUGCUCAAAAUAUUGCAUUCGAAGAGACAGCUGUGAAAGGCGCGGAGGUGCGAGUGACUAGCGAGGUAAACGCACCGCUGGAGAAGCCAAAGAAAGCCGCGAGCACGAACUUGAAUGUGAGACCAGCUCGAGCAUUCGCGCAAACCGAUUUGGAUACAUACAAGGACUACUUCACAGCUACGGGAGGCUGGAGCUUUUUUAUCGUAUACAUUACAGGUAUAGUGAGUAAACAAGCCGUGGCGGCACUGACAACAUGGGCGCUGGGUCAAAUCAAUACAGCAAGACCAGGAUCGACAUCGCGUGGGCAGGCAGAGAACAGCUUGCAGGGUCAUCUCCAAUUCUAUCUCCUUGGAACCGUUUUGGCCGUUGUCUUGGACGCAGAUGCAAGGCAGGUUGAUGAUGCAUUACUGCAGGUCAUGUCGGAAUUUGUCAAUUGCCUCAUCAGAGUAAUGAUCGUGCUGGGCAUUGGAAUGUAUAAUUCCGUAUACACAGGACUUUUGACGGUCGUUAUCUUGUACUGGUGCUCCCAAGUCGGCAAAGGAUACAUGAAAGCCCGGACGCUUGUCAAACGUGGUGAAUCCGAGAGUAACGCCGAGAUCUUAGAGUUUUUCACUGCUUCUGCAGCUGGUGUCUCAACAAUACGAGCUUUUGGGGUAGUCAAUCAGUUUGCGGAUCAAAUGCAUCGGCGAAUUGAUGACCUUUCAACAGUCAGACGACACUUUUGGAUUUUCAAUCGCUGGCUAGGUCUCCAGAUGUCUCUCGCAGGUAUAUUCUUCAGCACCGGAACUGGCAUCAUCCUUCUGCUAUCGAGAUCAGUGAUUGAUGCGUCUCAUCUCGGAUUUACUCUCACAUUUUCAAUGGGCUUUGCUCAUGCGAGCUUCAGCUCAGUCAAUACCUUUGGAAUGCUGGAGACCUAUAUGCAAGCCGCCAACGCGAUAAUCUCAUAUUCUGAACUCAAGACUGAACGACAAGGCGGCGACGACGUUCCGACCGACUGGCCAUCACGAGGGGAAGUUCAGGUCAAAGAAUUGAAUGUCGCAUACUCGCCAGAUCUUCCAAAGGUCCUGAAAAAUGUCUCAUUUUCUGUGGGGGCUGGUAAAAGGAUCGGCAUUGUCGGUCGGACAGGGGCUGGAAAAUCAUCUCUGACCCUUGCACUUCUCCGCUUUAUUGAGCCUCUGUCCGGCGCAAUCUUCAUCGACGGUAUCGAUAUUUCAAAGAUUAAGUUGGAAUCUCUUCGGUCUAGGAUUGGCUUCAUUCCGCAAGAUCCUGUUCUGUUCUCUGGUUCCAUGGAGUCAAAUCUAGAUUACUUCCACCAGUUUCCAAAAAACAGGUUAAACGAAGUACUGCGACGUGUCGGUCUCCUUUCAGAAGAUGAAAAUAGGAAAGCAGGCUCAUUUACGUUGGAAUCUCAGAUCAGCGCAGGUGGAGGGAAUAUGUCGCAAGGUCAAAGACAGCUUCUUUGCUUGGCAAGAGUCUUGUUGAAAGACCCGAAGAUUGUCAUUCUCGAUGAGGCAACUUCGGCUGUUGAUGACAAAACAGACCAGGAGAUUCAGGACACGAUUCGAAAUGAGUUUAGUCGAACCCUUAUUGUUGUUGCCCACCGCUUAAGGACAGUUGCAUCCUUUGACCAAAUUGUUGUGAUCGAAGAUGGUCGUGUUGGAGAAAUCGGCAGUCCGGCAGAGUUGUUGCAGUCCAAGGGCUUAUUUUACGAUCUUGUCCAGAAGAGUGAAGAUAGAGAUGUGGUCACCAGCAUUGCAUGUCAAUAG